GCGCUUCCGCUCCAGGAAGGCUAGGUCACUACUGCGAUUGCUUCCAGUGAGGUUAUGUUGGCUCUGCGUUGCCUAGAGAAAAGGGCCCUUCUUCCUGCUCACCUGAUGUACCGUGUGGGCUAGCACAUCUCCAGCAUCUCUCUCAUCUCAGCUUUCCCUUCCCCAGUUUUGUCUUCCCGGAGCCCUGCCUGCCACCAGAAGGACGAGGGAAAAAAAUGACCAAGUUCCAGGAGGCAGUGACGUUCAAGGACGUGGCCGUGACCUUCACGGAGGAGGAGCUGGGGCUGCUGGACCCCGCCCAGAGGAAGCUGCACCGAGAUGUGAUGCUGGAGAACUUCCGGAACGUGGUCUCUGUAGGGCACCAGUCCUCCAAACCAGAGAUGAUAGCCCAGCUGGAGAGAGAGGACAAGCUUUGGAUGACAGAGAUCCAGACUCAGGGAGGAGUCAGGAGUCACAGUGAGAUGGAAACUCUUCAUGAAACAGGAGUAAGGUGCCUCUCUCUAGGAGAGCUUUCAUGCUGGCAAAUCAAGAGACAUGUCAUGAGCAAAUUAACCCAAAGUCAAGACUCUGGGCUAAAUAUCCAAGAAGAGAGUUCUGAGUCCCCCAAACCAUGUAACCCUUCUGUGGGAGUCUCCCUUCAGGCUCAUGUGGAAGACAGCUGUGUCAUCAGUCUUAUAGAGGAUCAUUCCAAUGUUACUAAAAAUCAAGGCUUUCCAUCUGGGAGAGCUCAGAAUUCCUGGCAUAAACUCUACCUGAACGAGGCACAGAAUUAUCAGCGGAGCUGUCAGCAGACUCUGAUGAAACACAAAUUAUUUAUGUUUGCUCCUUGCAGUGACAUUGACAUUUUCAGUUGUAUUUCCCACCACCACGAGGAUGAUACAGUGCACAAAAGAGAGCAAGGUCAUGGCAACAGAGAGCGUGGUGAAGACAUCUUGAAGGCAUCACCUCUUGCCCGGCUCAGUGUGACUCAGACCACACAGAAAACCUCCCAGUGUAAUAAUAAACGUGGAAACGAAUUCAGUGACGGCUUCCAUCUUGAACUCCAUCAGCAGGUCUGCUCAGGCAAGGAGUCCCGUACGUGUGGAACCCGUGAGAAGGACGCCAGGUAUGGCUCCGCUGUUCCCAUUCAACCAGGGACAAAACGGUACUGGUGUCACGAGUGUGGGAAGGGCUUCAGCCAGAGCUCCAACCUGCAGACUCAUCAGCGGGUGCACACGGGGGAGAAGCCCUACUCGUGCCACGAGUGCGGGAAGAGCUUCAACCAGACAUCACACCUGUACGCCCACCUGCCUGUCCACACGGGGGAGAAGCCCUACAGGUGUGAGAGCUGUGGGAAGGGCUUCAGUCGAAGCACCGAUCUGAACAUUCACUGCAGAGUCCACACUGGGGAGAAGCCGUACAAAUGCGAGGUCUGCGGGAAGGGCUUUACCCAGAGAUCCCACCUGCAGGCCCACGAGAGAAUCCACACGGGAGAGAAGCCAUACAGGUGUGCAGACUGCGGCAAACGCUUCAGCUGCAGCUCCAAUCUCCACACCCACCAGAGAGUCCACACGGAGGAGAAGCCGUACAGAUGCGAGGAGUGUGGCAAGUGUUUCAGUCUGAGCUUUAAUCUUCACAGCCAUCAGCGUGUCCACACGGGGGAGAAGCCCUACAAGUGUGAGGAGUGCGGGAAGGGCUUUAGUUCAGCCUCAAGUUUCCAGAGCCAUCAGAGGGUUCACACGGGAGAGAAGCCAUUUCGAUGCAACGUGUGUGGGAAAGGCUUCAGUCAGAGUUCCUAUUUCCAAGCCCACCAGAGGGUCCACACUGGGGAGAAACCAUACAAGUGUGAGGUGUGUGGGAAGCGCUUCAACUGGAGCUUGAAUCUUCACAACCACCACAGGGUCCACACGGGGGAGAAGCCCUACAAAUGUGAGGAGUGUGGGAAGGGCUUCAGCCAGGCCUCCAACCUUCAAGCCCAUCAGAGUGUCCACACCGGGGAGAAACCAUUCAAAUGUGAGGCAUGUCAGAAGCGGUUCAGUCAGGCCUCCCAUCUUCAAGCCCACCAGAGGGUCCACACCGGAGAGAAACCAUAUAAGUGUGCUACAUGCGGUAAGGCCUUCAGCCAGAGGUCAAAUCUUCAAGUCCAUCAGAUCCUUCACACGGGAGAGAAACCAUUCAAAUGUGAGGAGUGUGGGAAGGAAUUCAGCUGGAGCGCGGGGCUCAGUGCUCACCAGAGGGUCCACACUGGAGAGAAACCCUAUACAUGUCAGCAGUGCGGCAAGGGCUUCAGCCAGGCCUCGCAUUUCCACACGCAUCAGAGGGUCCACACUGGAGAGAGACCGUACAUCUGUAGUAUAUGUUGUAAGGGCUUCAGCCAGAGAUCACAUCUUGUAUACCAUCAGAGGGUCCACACCGGAGGCAAUCUAUAGAAAUGUGAGGCAGGGAAGAGCCUUCAGUGAGAGUUCCCUUCUGCAUCUCCACUGGGACAUCCACGCUGGUAACUGGGGGAAAUUCCUUCAGAACUCAGACACUUAAGGGAAUCUUCAUGGGAAAUAAAUUCUAUUAUGAAACAAACGUUGUGUUUUAAGGAUUCAGUUGGGAGGUGAAUUCUUGGCAGACAUCAGCUUUCACAGAUGAGAGAGAACCUAUUCUAUAAAUAUGGUCAGUGGUUAAGAGUUCUGAAUGUCCCAAUUCUCAAGAUGCCACACAAGAGAAGACUCACUGGGGUCUCCCCAGGAGAAGAAGGCGUAUAAGUGAAGGUCACGGGCAGGACUGUAACAGAAGUGUAACGAUGGACAAGCCAAACUGACGUCAGCUGCAGCGUAACCUCUGUGGGGGGAGGAGUGUGUUCCACCCCUGUAUCUCUACCGUGUACAACUGUGUUUGGCUCCUAACAGGUGCCGGCAAUUACUGAACCAAGUGGAGAAAGUCCUUCUAAUUAGCACAGAUAUUUUUAAGUUCUCAUCAACUCCCUACCCCAGAUUCAUAAUAGACAAGGAAUCCUUCAAGUCGCCUUAAUAAGAUUAAUUUCAGGAAACGUGAACUGAAGUACAGAGAAUCACGUAAUAAAUACUGCCAACCACCACAGAGCAGAUGUGGACAAGACUCGGGACUGACUCCCAUCCUCCAUCCAGCUUCAGUUAUAGGUCCAGUAUCAUCCACUGUGUGUGGUGUAACAGUAGUGUUAGUUUGUAUUUUAUAGACUGAAAAACACUAGUUUUUAAAAAUUAAUCUGGUAACAACACACUGCAGUUUAUAUGACUGGCAAUUUCAAACCUUAGUUCAUUAAUUAGGGUUGCCUGUAACUCUGAGUUACUAAUGACAGAAAUUUUCCUAGUAAACUCGAAUUGUUAGCCAUUGGUUUCCUCCCACUAUUUCCAUUCAGGCCACAUCACAGGCCUUCUCUACCCCAGCCCUUCAUCGAGACAUACUCAGUCGGGGGCUUUAGCGGAAAUUAAGCAUAUUAAUUUUGUCACAUUCCACCUCCAUUGUGUCCCCCCCCACAAAAAAAUGGAGUAGAGUAGACAAGAAACCUGUUGAAUUUUGAUUGCGAUUUCAUUAACAUUAGCAAUUUAGAUUAACUGCCACAUACAUACACAGCACUCUGUGUUCACCUUCCCUCAGUAGGAGUGAACCACAUUAGCUGGUCAAGAUGUAUCAGAAUACUCUGACCUGGCAAAUCCUAGCACUAGUGGUUUUGUUUAGAAGAUUAUUGCAAAAGUAAGAAAGAUCGUACACAAAAAUGUUUAUAUAAAUU